AUGCCCAGGCAUGAACGGCGCAGCUCUAGGAGUCCAAAACGUGACCGGUCGCGAGAUCGCCACAACCGACGCCGCUCGCGCUCCAGGGAUCGUGAUCGUCGUGACAAGAAAUCGGCAAAACGCGAAUACGAGGAUGAGCCGGAGAAGAAGGUGGUCGAUUUGCGGCAAAAGCUGCGCGAUGGGCUCGCCUCGGCCAGUGUCUCCUUGGCUGCCCGAACCGCUACUUCGACAGUAGUGCAAGACGACGAAGUAACACUAGACGAGCGCGGCAACCUCUCACGUGUGCGACAAAUCGAGGCCAUUGACUCGGAGAGUCCAUUCCGACCCAAGCAAUUCAAGUCGACGGCCGGCGGCGGUGGCGGAAGAGCGUACGGGGAUAAGAAACAACAACCAUCGAAAGCUCAGAAGGCGGCAAAGAAAGAGGACGCCCACGAGGACUCCAUUUUCGGGCCCACCAAGCCGCAGACGCUGGCCGAUAUUGCGGUGCCGAAGGAGCCGACGCAAGAGCCGCAAAUGGUCUUUCAUCAGGAUCUAUCCGCCGACCCGAAGAUGCGCGAGGCUCGCUGGCUGGAGCUGUGGAAGGAGCGCCGGAUGCGACACGGCGUCUGU